AUGUUAUCAAAUCUCCCUUUUCAGAAUUGCCACCUCACUCCCCCACUGGCCAGCGGCCACGCCGUCGGCUCCACCUCCAGCUCCUUCAUAGCGUUCAACAGCAACAGGUUGCAGCGCAGUCCAGUCGCGCGGCUCGCGCCGUUCUCUCGUCUCUACUCCUUAUUCCUCACUUCGUCUUCGUCAAUACUUACUGAUUCAGGUCAUAAAGUAUGUUUGAACAAAAAUGUAUUAUCUGUUCCAAAAUCAAAUUCGAGGCUCACAUUUUGCUCUGCACUUGCCUCCCAAGAGCAGGAGUCUGAGUCUGUUGUGAAACAGAGAAGCGUCUCUGUUGUCCUGCUCGCUGGAGGGAAGGGCAAAAGGAUGGGAGCUAACAUGCCUAAGCAAUAUUUUCCUCUCUUGGGUCAACCCAUUGCAUUAUAUAGGUCCUAUGGAUUGUUGAACGGAGCUGCUGUUCUUGGUGUUCCCUUUAAUGACUACAAUCAAAGAGGCAAACAUUGAAUCGUUUGUGGUUUGAUCACUGGACAGAAAAACGUUAUGGGAGAUGCAGACCCCACAGGUCAAGCUGCAAUACAUGACAAUGCUUACAGUGCUUAUCCAUUUUUGCAGGUUAUCAAACCCAAGUUGCUGAGGGAAGGCCUUGAGCUUGUAAACAGAGAAGGUCUGGAAGUUGCCAAUGAUGUGUCCAUUGUGGAGCACCUAAAACAUCCUAUUUAUAUCACUGAAGGAUCUUAUACCAACAUCAAGGUGACUACACCUGAUGAUUUAUUACUGGCCGAGAGAAUAUUGAAUAUAAAUUCUGGGGAAAGUUCUUAAUAAAGUUUUUCCAAUCUCACAGUUGAAGGGGAAUCAUUGUUAAACAUUUUUUCUUCAAUAGAUUAUUACUUUUUGACCUGCAACAUGGUGUCAGGCAGUUCAGGAAACUGUAUACAAGUUUUUUAGUUAACUUUGUGUAACUUAUUGAGAUUUGUGUAAAAAACAUAUGGCCCUUGCUUAAACCAAGGGAAGUGUUUCCGCAUGGUAGGAGAAACCUACUUUCAUUACCAGAGCCGCAUGCAAUUGGAUGGUAAAAAAUCUUUAACCAAGUUUGACAAACAUAAUAAAGGUCUCGAUUUUCAAAUGUUUUAAA